UUCCUUGCGACGGAUCAAAGAUGAUGUCUAAGAAGAUCCUGCAGUGCUCUGCAACGGAUCAGUCGGAGCAUGAUCAACCUCAGGUGGAACCGCCCGCAAAUGCAGCACUGGGUUGUAGGAACAAGACUGAAUCGGGUCAGAGAAACGGUGAUACGGCGUCGUCCUCCCCGGAGAGCGGCAGCUUGAACGGAGAUGGAAAGCGCGCCGGGAAAAGCCGCCGCCGCAAGAAACGUUCAUCUAAACCCGAGGGCUGCACUGAAGAGGACGUCAACACGAAAACCAAGACUGAGGGGAAGCCGGACAAAAAGGCCAGCCAACCGUCAGACCCCCGCACUGGCGCGAUUGGCCUGCAGUCCGAGUGUGCCAACGUGUGGUUUGAACGCGGCGUCUACGAGCGAGCCGAGAGCCUCUACCAGUGCUGGUUGGCGGGUAUCUCCAAUGGGACCACCUGGUCGAACCGGGCACCUGGGAAACACUCAAACUCUCCAUCAGCUGUGGCUCCAUCUUCCCCGGCACAGGCUUACAACCGUGGCGAUCAGGGAGCCAGUCACAGUGUUGUUCAGGAAUCCAUGCAGCCAUUCGUUCCAAACUCUCUGGACCUCCCGUCCCCACGCAACCUCUCCAUCCCACCCAGAACACCCGACGAAGGAUACAAGAGUGGAACUCCGACUCCUGCGACGCCCGUUCUCCAGCAGGCGGCCGCCACGCCAACCAGUCGACAGCCGAUUAACGGGCUGCCUCGCUUCCCGGUGGAGUUGCUAAGAGAUGUGUGGCUGGAGAAACCGCUGUACGACCGCGCCGAGGCGGCCUUUUAUCAGAAACUAUACGGCAACAAUUCCUCCAAGCGGUCCGGCUGCACCUCCUCCUCCAGGAGUGGCGACCACCCGCAAAGCCUCGUAGAAGAGGAGGAGGGUGCAGAAGAAGCCGAGGACGACGAGGAGGCGGCGGAGACACGGGCUGUUCAGCCGGGCAAAGCGGAAAUCUUUCACGCUCUGCACCCGAUCCAAGAAGAGGAGGAGGAGCCAGCCGAAGUCCCCGAGAAGGGGGAGGAGGCGUCGGGCGCAGGGGUCUGCUACUUCCUCCAUCCAGACAGCGAGCGGGUGUGGCUUGACAAGUGGCGGUAUGACGCUGCAGAGAGACGUUUCCAUGGUCACAGUGGCGAUGAAGCCAGGGCGGCGAAGAAGGCUCGGAGGCCAGAAGCGAAUGCAACACCAGUUACCUCCGUCGCCCCGCUGAGGGACAACACCACCACCACCACCAUGAGCGCAGUCGACUUUCUGGCCCAGGACAAGAUCUGGUUUGACAAACCUCGCUAUGACGAGGCAGAGAGACGCUUCUAUGAACGCGCGAACGGCUCUUCACAACCAACACAGGAUCCUGGAGCGAACACCAUCCUGCAAGACAUUGCACGGGCCCGGGAAAACAUCCAGAAAUCUCUCGCAGGACUGAAGUCGACACUGAGUAAUAGAGGCUCUGAUCGACCUCCCACGAGCCAACAAUCCCAGCUUAGCGGCGGUGGCGGCGCAGCAGAUCAGGGAGAAUUCGUCUGUCGCAUCAAGAGCCUGGAGCUGGAGAACCAGAGUUUAUACAAAGUGGUGGACGACCUUCGGGCAGCACUUUCCAAACUCGAAUGUCGUGUAGCAGUUCUGGAGAAAUCUCCUGCGGCCGUGACCCCGGCUCCUGCUCCUUCAGUCCCCCACACAAACGGCACUUCCGUCCAGCAGAAGACCAGCGCCCCAGUUAAAGAGGACGAGGAUGAUGACGACGACGACGACGACGACAUUGACCUGUUCGGCAGUGAUGACGACGAAGAGGCGGAGAAUCUGAAACAGCAGAGAUUGAAAGAGUACGCAGAGAGGAAGGCCAAGAAGCCCACGCUCAUCGCCAAGUCCUCCAUCUUGUUGGACGUCAAACCCUGGGACGAUGAGACAGACAUGGCGAAGCUGGAGGAGUGUGUGCGCUCUGUCCAGACCGACGGCCUGUUGUGGGGAACGUCCAAGCUGGUUCCUGUGGGUUACGGCAUCAAGAAGCUCCAGAUCGCGUGUGUGGUGGAGGACGACAAGGUGGGAACGGACCUGUUGGAGGAGGAGAUCACCAAGUUUGAAGACUUCGUCCAGAGUGUCGACGUAGCAGCGUUCAACAAGAUCUGAUCCUGUGUCUUUUUUGUUUUUCUUUUGCUCGUCUUUCAUCGCGCCUUGUUUCUUCUCUGCUAAUUUGUGUCAACGGUUAAUAACGAUAAUAAUAAAAACCAACUCAAGCACUA